UUUGUAAGUACUGUUCCUGUAAAUGAAGAUAUUCAAACGUUUCACGCCAGUAGUAGUCAUUCUCACAUCAGCGUUUGAGGGUCAAAUAAUGCUAUGUUACCAGAGGGCACUGUCCAUUUUGUCCAAAUGUGGAGGAUGUGCUGACAGCUGGAAGACUCCAUAUCGCCUCACAGUCAUCACAAUACUGUCUAAGAAAAAAGAGGAGAAAAAACAAACAUCACAACAAAUCAAACACUCUGCGCCUGGAAGACUCCUGGAAACAACAAUAACACUCUCUGAACGAGAAACUCAUUGCCAGAAAUGACUUGACUACCAUUUGGAGACAGGUGCUGAGUGCUGCUGACUUUUGCUGUGUGUGGGCUCAGGGGGCCUUGUUCGGCAUUCCACCGAUGCGUUGAUAGACACACUCUUCGGAGGAUGAAGAGGAGAUGGGCCGGAGCCUGCAUGAGGGACGCUCUGCCUCGCUGCUCUGCCUGCCUGCCUGAGAAUGGUCCAGCCGGUGCCCGGGGGUCUGCUGUCGCAGCCAGUCUGAGCACACGCAUAAACAAGCAGAGUCAAUCGACAGGCAGAAGCACACACAUAUACACGCAUACACAGGCUGGAGACGAAUGUGAGAGAGGAAGUGCCUUCUCUGAUGUCUGCUACAGCUUUGACCUGCUUCUCCAGCUGAAGCUCCAUCCUCCCCUUUGCAUCGCUCGCUUGCUGCCAAAGUAACAAGGAGUGCACUGACAGCAGCCACACCCUGCUACCAGUCUACUGAUCUGUCCUUCCAUCCACCCCCCACUCCAGCCAGGUUGCUUCAUACCGAACUCCCCAGGAAACUGCUCUCCAUCACCUCCACGGUCCGGUGUACCAGAAGAUCCCCGGAGCAUCCUGCGCACUUUGCCUUCAACUCUUUUCAGACUUGCAAAGCCUCCACGCGAUCCACAGUGUCCUUAACCAUCUGCUAGCGGGAUUUAUUUAUCCAGAGUGCAUCACCUUUGCUGCCUGCUUCACUUCAUCUUAAUUGAGGGCUCAUCUUGCCUAUUGGUAUAUAAUUGCUUUCAAGGACAAGCAAUAAACCGUGAACAGUGAAGAGGAGGAUCCUGCAUAUUAUCACUUAAGUCCUUAAUUUUUCAAACUUGUCAGGCAGCAUUUCAGAAAGGACAACUCACAGGAACUGUUUCAUCAAAAGUGAAAGGAUUCCUGGACAAGCGCACGAGCAGUACUUUCUCGGCAAUCGCCGCAAGUUGUUACCAUGGCGUCGAUGAACAUGACACAUAUGCGCGACACGAAGUGGCUGACGCUGGAAGUAUGCAGAGAGUUUCAGCGGGGUACGUGCUCACGCUCUGACCAGGAUUGUAAGUUUGCUCAUCCAGCGAAGAGCUGUCAGGUGGACAACGGACGUGUCAUCGCCUGCUUCGACUCUCUUAAGGGCCGUUGCUCCAGAGAGAACUGCAAAUACCUGCACCCUCCUCCACAUCUGAAGACCCAGUUGGAGAUCAAUGGCAGAAACAACCUGAUCCAGCAGAAGAACAUGGUCAUGUUGGCCCACCAAAUGCAGCUGGCCAACGCCAUGAUGCCUGGCACGCAGCUACCACCAAUGCCCAUGUUCUCUGUGGCACCGGGCCUGGCCACCAACGCCAGCGCGGCAGCAGCAGCUGCGGCCGCAGCCUUUAACCCCUAUCUGAGUCCAGUGUCGCCCGGCUUGAUGCCAACAGAGAUCCUGCCCAGCACCCCGGUCCUCAUGGCCUCCAGUCCCACCGUCAGCCAAGUUCCCAACGCUGCCGCUGCAGCCCAGAAACUGCUGAGGACAGAUAGACUUGAGGUGUGCAGGGAGUACCAGAGGGGAAACUGCUCUCGGGGGGAGGACGAAUGUCGCUUUGCUCACCCAGCCGACAGCACCAUGAUCGAAACCAACGACAACACCGUCACUGUCUGCAUGGACUACAUCAAGGGCCGGUGCUCCCGGGAGAAGUGCAAGUACUUCCACCCGCCGGCCCACCAGCAGGCCAAAAUCAAGGCCGCGCAGCACCAGGUGAACCAAGCCACUGCCGCCGCAGCCAUGACUCAGUCGGCUGUCAAAUCACUGAAGCGACCCCUCGACGCAACCUUUGACCUGGGCAUCGCCCCUAGUGUAAUGGCGCCCCUGCCAAAGAGGGCAGCCCUGGAAAAAGCCAACGGGGCCUCUGCCAUGUUUAACACCGGCAUGCUCCAGUACCAACAGGCCCUGGCCAGCAUGCAGUUUCCGCAGCAGGCUGCUUUCCUCCCAUCAGGCUCAAUAUUGUGCAUGACUCCUGCGGCCAGCGUUGUUCCCAUGAUGCACGGUGGUACUCCAGUCACUGUGUCUGCAGCCACCUCAUCUGCCACAAGCGUUCCCUUCGCAACUGCCUCCACCAAUCAGGACUCUUCCUUAUCAAAGUUGACUACCAACGAAUACAUGCAAUUGAUUCCAAUAAUAUCUGCAGAUCAUCUGAGUAGUCACAAGUACUUGACUCAAAUGUAGUUCCUCUGGAGAACAAUCAAACGAAUGUGUGAUGGCAGCGUCCACGCCAAAACAGUUCAGCCUUUAUCUACAUAAACCUUCCGAAUGUUAACAGGUGGGAUGAGGAGGGUCUCUCGCGAGAAGGUCUCAUCACCACGCGCAAACAACAAAGGUGCAACCCACAGAUCUGUUCAGUCCUCCAACAUAUCAAGAAGACAAAUUCAACGUCCUGCCGAGAGACGAGACAAAAGUUCGCCUCCCGUUCACCACUUAGCACUCAAUUUAUUUUCUCAUCAUUUGCAUUCUCUGCACACAGAAGGUGGAAUAGUUGGAUGAGUCAGCCGUCAGGGCUGGUUCUGUAGAAGACCAAGAUUUUUAUUAUUAUUAUGAUGAUGAUUUCUUUGAUAAUUAGCCAUAUUUCAUAGUUUACAAACACAUGCACCUUGACUUUGAAUUGACUUCUGAAAGGCACAAACUUUUACAGGAAUCUUUGGCCAAAUCGGAGGGGCGUGUACAGUAUUGUUUUUAGAGAUACUAGUGAAACUAGAUGUCGAAAUGAGGGUCUUGGACAUAUGAAUGUUCUUGGUAAACCAACAUACCUGUGUACCUUGGAAGCACCGCCAGGUCUCACCUUGUCACGUGCCAUCAAGGUCAUGCAGCUCCAACCAGAGUGUUAAUCUCAGCAGUGUUAUUUGUUUACCCAGGGUGAAAUUUUCUUUUUUGUAUGGCUCGUUGUGUUUUUAUUUUGUUUUCAGUUUUCAGUGAAAAGUGGGGUUCUUAUUGGUUUUAUAACAUUUGACUUCCUUUUAAACAAAAAAAAGGGUGUUUUUUUUUCUUUGGAGUUUGUUAUACCUCUGCCAUUGUUGUUCUCGUUCUCGCUCCAGUCCAUCGACUCUAAACCCUGGUGAAUGAUUUGAUCCAUUUUGAGCCGUCUCUUCUAAAGAGGGCGGGCCAUUUUAAAACUGUGUGAAAGAAAGAUCCACUGUCGAGCGCUAGGAAUUUAGAAACAAAAAAAAAAAAGUAGGUCAUUGAAAACCACAUGUGCACUUGAACUGUUGUGUGCUUAUUUCAGUCCUGAGACAAGCUUCACUUUUAAGAAACACGUUCACUUGUAGUCCUGUCUGCAUAAACCAAAGCACAGUCUCAUCUUCAAGGGUUACAUAUAUAGCUUCAGAUCGGUGAAAUAACCCCAGUAUAAUCCCAGUUCCUGUCUAGUUUCUUACCCGAUUGUACCUAACAAAGCCUUAGAUUGAAGGUCCUAGACCAGUCAAAUGUAAUCCGAUCACCAUGCAGGUAAAAAACACCAAUGAUGUUCUCUCACGUUUUGUUUGUGUUCAAGUAAGAAUAACUCUUAAAUCUAUCAUGUGUUACUUAAGGAUUUCAGCCUCACUGAGGCUCGUAGUUGUAGAUUUUCCUUUUUUUGCCUUACUAUAUAUUACUUGACUACUUUGAUAUAGCCUUGUUAGAUUUUCAGUUAGAAGAACCGUUGAAAUAAUAAUCUGUUGAGUCAAUAUCCACUUCAUUCAUAUAGCUGGAUGUCAUUGUUUCGAGUCGGUGUGGCGUCACUGGGUUGCUUUGUCGAGCUCUCGUACACCAGAUCCGUCGCGGCUCUCUUCAAAACACCCGAAUGUUUCAACCGACUUCUUUUUGUUUCUCGUGUUAAGAUAUAUAUUGUAUGAAAGUAUAGAUUGUCCAUGUUUUAGAAUAUAGUUGUUUUCUACUGUAUCCAUUUCAACAAAUAUAUAUAUGUACUUACGUUUGAAUAUUUCUUAAGUUUGCCCUGAAUGUCAGGCCAAAACGAGCAGUGAGAUUGACGGGUGUGUUUUUGUUUCUUUUGGUGGAGAGGUGAAUAUAUGAGCAGGAAAGCUGAGACUUUUCCACACGGGUCAAGUCGAGAGAAAAAAAAAAACAACAAAAAAAAAGAAAUAAAUGCUGCAGAUCAUGAGUUUGAAACCUAAGGGACGAAGGUUGACUUUUUGCACUUCUGUAUAUAGUCAAAUGAACAGAGAAAAAAAUGUGUAUCAUAAUGAGAUAUUAUUUUGAAUAAGAAAAAAAGAUCUAUAAUUAUAAGGAAUUUUGUUAGGUUAAUUUAAAUUCGUAAAUUAGAUGACCAGCUAAAAUUGCUUGCAAAGUUAAGGCACUAGUUUCUUGGCCAAUGCAUUCAGAGAAAGCUACGCGCGUUUUUGUCUUAUUUUGUCGGCGGCUGAUGUUGCCAGGGAAUGUUGCCAGGGAGUAAAUAUCCUUAUGUCAUGCUGACUCCACCCACUCACACGAUGUCAUAUUCUUGACUUACUGCUGCACCGUCACCACCGACGGGAUGCAGUCCAGGCUGCACGUUUAGGACCAUACUGUCCCGUCCCAGAAAAAGGUUGAAGGGAGUCGAUCCCAGCUACUCAGGGUAAGAGACAGGGGAUGCCCAAGACAGACAGGGAACUUGAUGAUUUAGUGCUGUCAAUAGAUUCAAUCUUUUAAUCUCAAUUAAUCGCACCGCAGCUGAGUUAACUCGCGAUUAAUGGCAAAUGAAUCGCACCUUUUGUAUCUGCGCUGAAUGUAACUUAAAGGAGGAUGUUUAAACAAUAGUGUUUUCCACUUGCAAACAUUUGUUUACUCCAACAACCCAACACAACAGUGUCAAGAACAUUCUUUAGAUCGAGCUCAGCGGCUCAACAACAUGCUGAAAGAAACAGCAUGAUAAGCAUUAAAGGCUCCUCUGGUGUUGAUAACAUAUUCCUUUAUUCCAUUUAAAACCAAUGCAAAAUGUGUGAUUAAUUUGCCAUUAAUCGCAAGUUAACUCUCCUGUAGUGCGAUUAAUUGAGAUUAAAAACUGUGUACGAUUGACUGCCUUAAUUCACAUGCCUAUUCGUACCGUCACACAGUUGCCUCCUUUAAAUCCAAAGUAAUUUAAUCUAACUGUUCACCCUUUUAUCAUGAAUAAAUAUUUAACAUUUUUAACUUUUUUCUAUUCCCAAGUUAUCAUUUAAAACAUAUUAUAUAUUAUAUUGUACAGUAAAACAGUGGAGAAAGAAAUCAUAACAGAACUGCAGAAAAAAAUAAUACUAAAUUAAACAGCAAUGAGAGCUGAAAAUGAAAAUGAAACGUUAUGAGAGAAAUAAAUAUAUAUGUAUUGAAUAAAUAAAUGAAAUUAUUUAAAAGCAAUAUAAAAAAAAAUACAAAGUAAAGUGUAUGCAAGAACAUUGUACUAAGAUGCAGCUUUAAAGAAAAAUACCUGUAAAAAGUGAGAAUAAUCUUUCAUUAAAAAUAAGGCUUGUGUUUUAUAGUGUACAAUUGGUAGCCACAAAAGGACCGACUACAGUCAGACCCCGGGCCACAACACUGACCCUUACUUCCACACGUAUGGUCCCAAACUUUCGACUUGGACUGUGUCGCCGUGUUUUGACUGCAUGUAAGAGUAUAAAUAAAAGACAUGAAUAGACUUAUAUAAAGAGAGAUUCAGAUAUCAGAAUACACAACACUCUUUAUCUUUUAUUUGAUGCAGUAGGAAAUACACACAGGUUACUUCCACUCAUACUACUCUGAAUAUCAAAGGUUCUUCUGGUAUUAUUCACAGGAUAAUGAACUAGUACACCUUUCUCCAGUAACUCACUCAUGAAUGUGCACUCAGCAGGCGAAGGCCCCACCAAAAUGCAAAAUUAGAAUGAAUGUAACAGUUGGUCACUGUCUGACUGUGUUACUUGCUAUCGAACCAAAGCACCGUAUUACCUAAAGUAGACGCUCAGUCCGAUCACUCUUCCCUGCUGGGGGCACACAUAUCGCUUUUACUGCUUUUUUUUUUCCUUUGGUUUGUUUAUUUUGACUCGUAAGUGCAACCACCUAUGUAUUUGCUAACUGUUGCCACAGAGAUGUCAGAUUUGUUUAUGCACAUUUAACUGUUGCCAUAAAUGACUCUUGCUGUAUGGAUGAUUAAAAAAAAAAACUAAAUAAAAGAAUAUUUGAUUUGCUCAUACAA